AUGGCUGCAACUGCCAAGGAACAAUUCACCGGCCGAGCCGCGCCCGAACUGUUGGCGGCGAUGCGGGAAAUCGCCCGCGAGGAAGGCCGGGACUGCGACGCCGUCCUUGAAGAAGCCAUGCGGCUGUACAUCGCAAAGUGGCGAGUCAAUCGGCCGGGGGUGCGGCCCGAAGUGAUGGCACACUAUCGGGACAGCCUGGAACGCAACCGGCGACUGAUGGAACUGCUGGCGCAGUCCGGAGGCUGA